UACACUUCCUGUUUGCCCUGUUUGUGAGCCGCAGUGUGUGUGAGUGUGAAGCGCAGAAGCGUUUGAACGCGGCAGAGAGCUACAACCAGAUACUAAGGGCUGAUUUCAGUCUUGUUUGACUGCGCUGCUCCUCCGCCGUGCCCAGGAUGUGGGUUUGUCUGUUAAACGAUGUGUACGUGGUGAAUGAAUGGCAGCGGCACUGAGCUGGAGACACUCUGCCUGGGACUCUUUGGACACAUACAGACGCUAUGGAUGCUGGACAGUAAACUGCAGAAGCUGAGCGGUGAAGAUGCAGCACACCUCGUGCACAGAGGACAGGAUCCAGCACGCUCUGGACAGGUGUCUGGACGGGCUGAGACAGAGCCCCACAGCUGCACACCACUGGAACGUGCUGAUGUGCUCGGCGGGUCAGUCGAUGAACCGCUGGAGCUUGGAGGAGAUGGUGAAGAGGGACCCCGAGAACUUCCUCAUCCUCUUACAGCAGAUCAUCAGGAAGACCAAAGAGGCUCAGGAGCAGUGUCAGUAUGAGCUGGUGGCUCCCCUCGCCAUCAUGUUCUCCUCCACACUGCUUCAGACACCAUACUGUCCACCAGAUACUGAGCUGCUGGAGGAAGCUAUUCAGGUGUUUCGCUGCUUUCUCACCUGGCCCGAGCCUUACAGCAGUGUGUGCAGGAACCUCCUCUCCACACUACAGCUGGAGAUGAAGGCCCCAGGCAUUUCCUUUCAGAGGCUGGUCAGGGAGGAGCAGGGCCUUAUCACCUCUAGUCACUGCUCCAAGACCAUGACCGUGUUGCUGAUGAAGCCAAGCGAGGUGCCCGCUGACUUUCUCUCAGUGGCUGAGCAGCUCAGUUGUGUUCAGCACUCGCAGAGGGAGACCUACAUCACCCUGAUCAAACACGCCUUCCAGUCCACACUAGGCUCCAAGUACCCCCUCCAUGACAUCCACAGAGCCCUGCAGGCAAGAACUGUGCAUGAACUGGAGGAGAUCUUCUCCACCGUAACCAAUGUCUUAGAGGCAGCCGUUGCAAUGAGUGACCCUCUGAAGGGCCGCAGUCAUGUGAUCCAGGAACUCGAGCUACUAAGGGAGAGGAUGAGAAUCCCAGCAUCCAAUGGGAGGAAGUCUGAUGGAAUGCUACAGACUCUGCCAUUACCUACAGCCAAAUGUUACAUGUUUCACUGGGAAAAAGAUAAUUUUGAUGUUCUAAACACCCUUUUGGAUCAUGACCCUGACCACCUGGUGACUAACGGGCAACCUGAGGAGGGAGAGGAUGUAGACACAGAUGAUGAUGAUGACGACGAGGAGGAGGAGGAUCUUACAGAGAUGGAUGCAGGGGAAGAGGAGGAGGAAGAAGACAAAGACAAUGAGGAGCACAGAGUGGAAUUGCCGUCAAUGUCGCUCAUCCCCAUUGGCUACAACUCCAACCCCCGUGCCUCCACCUUCUCCACCAUCUCCUCGGUGUCCACUGCCUCCAAAGACUCCAUGUUCUCAACCUUGUCAGUGACCUCAGAGUCCUACGCUCCGUCCCUCUACUCCGUCGCUUCUGGAGCGGAUAGUGACUACUAUGAAGACUCGGAUGACUACAUCUGCUCCUCUCCCGUUGCUGACAAGUGUUCGCCCAAGUCUCACAACAAAACUUCUGCUCGACUCAGUCAGCACUUUUACCGGCUGUUCAUCAAACCCAAGAGCCCUCGGUUACUGUAUCGGGCCAAAAGCUUAGGAAACACAGAAUCAAAAGACAUUUUAGUGGUGCGAGAGAAGCGCUCCAACUCCCUCCCACAGCAAGUUAAGUUACGUAGCCCAGAGCCCCAACUACAAAGUCAAACUCUCAGACAUGUCUGCUUCCGAAGGAGGCCUAUUCUCAGUAGUGAUGAGGACAGUAAGAAUACUACACUGAGGGUGGUGGUGUUUGGUGCUGAUCAUGUGGCAGGGAAGGUGGCACGCGCCUACAAUAGCUUGAGGAGGAAGGAGAGUGCAUGUCCACGUCUCAGCAGGGCCUUCAAGCUUCAGUUCUACUUUGUGCCUGUGAAGAAGGACUCGGCAGCAGGGCCAGGGGGUCGGAGGUCUUCUAGUCCUGGAAAAGGAGGAGUGUUGUCGAACGUUCUUCCCCUCACAGGGGAUAGUACUAAUGACAUCGCCCAUCUCCUCGGCAUGUUGGACCCUUGGUACGAAAGAAACACCCUCAGCCUGCUCAAACUGCCUGCCAACGUUGUCUGCCAGCAAACCUCAAAGACAGAGUCAGAAUCAUAUGAUAGCUCAUACGAGCAGCGUCUGCCCAUCCUGGCUGACUUGGUGCUGUACUACUGCCGCUACGCUGCCCGGCCCGCUCUGAUCCAGCUCUACCAGGCUGAGCUGACGUUAGCUUGUGGAGAGAGGAGGACUGAGGUGUUCGUCCACUCCCUGGAGUUGGGUCACACCGCAGGAACACGAGCCAUCAAGGCCAUGGGUGCUGCCAGUAAACGGUUUGGUAUUGAUGGUGACCGAGAAGCAGUGCCUCUAAAGUUGGAGGUGGUGUACAACAGGGUGGUGAUUAGUGGGAGAAGCCAGUGGAAAAGAGAAACCAAAGUUUGUACUUCGGUGAACUUAACCAAAGCAUGCAAGAAUCCUGAGGAACUAGACUCAAAGAUGGAGUGCCUGCAGCUCACAAUGACUGAAGUCCUGAAGAGACAGAGUGGUAAAACCAAGAAGGGCUACAACCAGCAGCUGAGCAUGACUGAGGUAAAAGUGGACAAGGUUCAAGUCAGCGGUGCUGAAAACACAACCUUUGCUGUUUGUCUGGACCAGGAUGAGAAAAAAAUAUUGCAGAGUGUCACAAGAUGUGACAUCUCUGUGUGCUAUAAACCUGACAGCUCCACUGACUGGAGGCUCAGAAAAUCUCAGACCUCAGCCCAAAUCCAGCCUCUAAAUCCCACGUUCUGCUCCCUUCUCUGCUUGCCCAUAGUCACCUUCAGUGGAGCUCUUCCAUGAGACUCUUGACCACUGGUUUGGUUGCUUUCGAAAGGAAAUAUUGUGUUCUGUUAUUUAUAUGUUCUGACGGAUACUGACUGCAGAGGGAAAGUACACAGGAAAUGCAGGUUUUUCCAUCUCCGCCUGGUGUCUUGAGGGUGCUGGGGUCAAGUUCAUACGAGGGCGGGUGAUGUGACUACUGGCAACAGGAGGACUGGUCCAGGGGGAGUGAUCAGAAAACUACAGACCGAGCUUCUCGAGAAACCAAGAGAUGCAGUAGUGAUAACGAUGUGUCCAGUUCUCUCUGUGUAAAGCAAUCAGUAACUGUAGUUAAGGAAACUGUCCUGGUUUCAAUUCCUCUUUCUGUGUUGGUAUUUUGACCUUACCCACAGUAACAUUAGAAUGUAAUUUGGUCAAACAGGGUUAAUCUAGCACAGGAUCUGAGAUGACGAGGCAUGUAAUACAAGGAGAUGGAAUGUAAGCAUCUCAAGGUCCUUUUGGAGACACUUUAUGAGUCAGUUUCUGAACUUUUCUUUGGAUCAACCUACAUGGACAUGAAGACCACAGAACAUGUUUCAACCUACCGAGCAGUCUGUGCUAUAUAAACACCACUGGGCUGAUGAUGGGACUAUGCGCCUGUAUCUGAGAAUGGACACUAUGGACUUACACAAUAUGUAAAUGCUGUAUUUGCUAAAUAUGUUAUUGCAUGCUAUAACUUGAAUGUUGCACCAUCAUGUUUUAUGUCUGUUAUACAUGGGCUUAAUUGAUAAUAUUUCUCCUAAGGAGUUACAAUGAAGUCACAGGUUUAACUGGAGUUGUAAAUAUGACCAGCAGGGGGCUCUAUUGACCUUAUGACUUUAGGUGAAGUACAGAUUACUUCAACAAUACAGAGUUGUAGUCAAGUCUCACUUUGUAAUAACUGUAAUGUAAUGUAUGUAUAGAAUUGAUAUUAUGGUGCUAAAAUACAUUCAGAUGUACAUAUUCUUUUGUAAAAGGAAAUCCUGAUACAUAGCACUUUGCAUACUGUUUGGUGAUAUAAAUAUUUGAAAGAGAAGUAGAGAAGAGAGAUUGAAAGAGAAGUACUGCAUAUAUAUACAGACACACACACAUACAUACAUACAUACACACAUACAUAUUUUAUGUAAUUAAAGCACUUGAACAUUAGAUUAAAUUAAUUAGGUACUUUCAUGUUCACAUAACAACAUGGCACCACUGUUUUCUCUUUACCUGCCAUCUCUGAUGGGAAUACUUCAAAUGCAAUAAGGAUUUUAUAACUGUAUGUGUAUCACUUUUGCAAUAUCUCAAAUUUAAUCUUAAAUAAAUUACAUGUCUUCUCCUGGGGAUUUAUUUUAAUCUUGA